UGAAUGAACAUCGGCUGAAAUCGUCACUUGCGUUUUAAAGGCGUUGUUCUUCGUCAUUUUCUGGCGAUUUGCGAGAAAAGAUAAUUUGGUCAAAAAAACAGUGGAAAAAUAUAAAAAUCUGCGGAAGAUUUGCACAAAAAAAAGAAAGGGUAUUGGUUGGAAGGCAAUUAAGUGGUGCCACUAAAUAUAUUUUUAUUGUCCAAGGGUCGAUUUUGACGAUUGUGCGGCAGUUAAAAUCAUCAAAUUCUAACCAAUGACGACGAUUCGGAAGAAAUUGGUGAUUGUAGGCGAUGGUGCCUGUGGUAAGACAUGUCUUCUGAUUGUUUUCAGUAAAGAUCAGUUUCCCGAGGUGUACGUUCCAACUGUUUUUGAAAACUAUGUUGCAGACAUCGAAGUCGAUAGCAAACAAGUGGAGCUAGCCUUAUGGGAUACGGCAGGUCAAGAAGAUUAUGACAGACUUAGACCACUCAGUUACCCGGAUACGGAUGUUAUUCUUAUGUGUUUUUCGGUGGAUUCGCCCGAUUCAUUAGAGAAUAUUCCUGAAAAAUGGACUCCUGAGGUGAAACAUUUUUGUCCAAACGUUCCUAUCAUUUUGGUAGGUAAUAAAAAGGAUUUGCGAAAUGAUCCCAACACAAUUCGAGAUCUGGCAAAAAUGAAACAGGAACCAGUUAAGCCUCAAGAGGGUCGCGCAAUGGCUGAGAAAAUUAAUGCCUUCGCCUAUUUGGAAUGUUCGGCCAAAUCUAAAGAGGGUGUACGAGAUGUCUUCGAGACAGCUACUAGAGCAGCAUUACAAGUCAAGAAGAGGAAGAAGACCAAAUGCCUUUUGCUCUAAAAGAGCAAAUCUAUACAAUACACGCUAAAUGCAAAAAAAAAAACAAAGCAAAACACACUCCCAAUUUUUUAUUUCCUCGUUUUAUAACAGGCAUCAUUUCAAAUAUGGAUUUGAUUGAUUGAUUACUUCUUGAUCAUGAUAGAUUGAUUAUUAAAUAAUAAUCUUAUUUCAUUCGUAUUUUAUUUAAAGAAAAAAAUUAUAUUAUAAACAUGUAUGUAAAAGUAAAAAAAUAUUGAAAAAAAAUCUAAUUACUCAGAAUGCAUUCAUAAAAACAUUUGAGGGCCCUUGGCGAAUAAGAAUCAACAUAAACAUCUGAAAAGGGAGCGAUAUUUAUAGUAAAAAAAAUUGGAACUACAACAAAGUCAUUAUAUCAAUCUGCAUGCAUAUACGCACACAUGCACAAAUACGAGAGUGCAAACUGCAAUGCGACCACUUGCAAAAAAACAUCAAAUUGUAUUUGAGUGUAUUAGUGUAGAUUUUGUUGAAUUUUUCCAUUUUUUCUUUUUGAAAUAUGUUAAGUAAAGAAAAACAAAACACAAAAACAAUAAACGGCCACCAUUAACAUAAAAAAAUAUGUAUUUGUGAAUUUUGCUACUUUUUACUACCGAUAAUAAUGAUAACUAAGAUGAUGGUCAUAAUUUUAUAAUAUUUAAUGCAAAUCUUAUAAGAAUAAAAACUAAACGUCUACUAUUCAUUGAAAAUAUUAUAUGCAUACGAGAGUGAUAGACAAAACUUGUCGCUUGUAAAGGGAAAAUAUUAACGGAUGAACCAGCAAUAACAUUUUCAAAGCUAAAGAGACAUUCACCACAGUUUCAAUGCAUUCAAUCUUGAAAUCAACCCAAUGUUUAUAGCAAUGGUACCAUUUAAAUCAAAUCAUAAGUAUUUUAUUAAUAAAAUAAACCAAUAAAGAAUAUAAGAGACUAAAAACCA